GUCACACGUGCACCGCUCGACCACCAUGUUCUCAUUCGCCGUCGUCCUCUUCACGGUUCUCUCUACCCUUGGCCAUCAUGCCUUUUGUGCUGCGGUAAGAGACAUAAAGCCCCUCGUUAUCUGGCAUGGCCUUGGGGACUCCCAUUCCUCUCCUGGAAUGCUGCAAUUCCAGAGUGAAGUCAAGAAGAUGCAUCCAGGCAUAUUCGUACAUUCCAUCUACAUUGAGGAGGAUCUCAAAGCAGACCAGCGAGCAGGCUUCUAUGGAAACGUAAAUGACCAAAUAGCUCUUGUAGCCUCGCAACUGGCAUCUGUUCCAGAGCUCAGUCGUGGUUUCGAUGCCAUAGGUUUUUCGCAGGGCGGCCAGUUCCUCCGCGCAUACACAGAGCGAUACAACGACCCUCCCAUCCAUAACCUCGUCACAUUUGGCGCACAACACAUGGGGAUAUCAGAUCUGCCCCUCUGCAGCGCCUUCGACCUCAUCUGCCAAAUUGCGCGUCGCGCAGCAAGAAGUGGUGUCUAUGGCGAAUGGGCGCAGCAGAACCUCAUUCAGGCUCAAUACUACCGCGAUCCUGACCAACUACCCCUUUAUCUCACCGCCAAUCAUUUCCUGACUGAUAUCAACAACGAAUAUGCCCCCCCCACGGAUGAGCGCAACGCCACUUAUGCCGAGAACCUGGCCUCUUUGCAACACCUUGUGCUUGUAUUGUUCAAGGAGGAUACAACUGUAGUACCAAAGGAAAGUGCAUGGUUUGGUUCAGAAGCACCACCGGACAGCGGCCUCAAGGACCAGUCGUCCUCCCUUCAGGCCGUCCUCGAUUCGAACGGGAUGCCCUUUGUUUCAGGUAACAAACCAGUGCAACAAAAUAGAACAAUGAUCCCUAUGCAAAUGCAGCCCCUCUAUAUUGAAGACUGGAUUGGUCUACGAACCCUCGAUGAGCGAGGAGGAUUAACGUUUGCCACCUGCCCUGGCCAACAUAUGCAACUGACAGGCUGUUGGGAGGACUUGGUUGGUAAAUGGAUUGGAGGAGAAUAUCUGUAAAGGUCAGAUGUGGACACGAUGUACCAUAAUACACCCUUGUGAAUCAUUCAUGUUUGUACACAACUAUUAAUUUCUAGUUCUCGUUGGAUAGAAUGCAGUAACUUACUUCCACGGCUUU